GGAAAAUCAUUUUACACCCUUCAAACAUAUCAUUAGAAAUGACAUCCGGAGACGAGACCAAGGAUUUGGAUCAAAAGUUUGAAGUGAUCAGUAUAAACGACUCUAAUGAAGAAGAUAACUCUCAGGAACCAGUUGUUCCUCAUGAAAGACAAAUUGUGGACGAUGUUAUAGCGAUUUGGAAAACUGAUCCUGAAACCGAAGAAUUGAGUGCUGGUAAGCUUCACGGGAUUGUUAAAAAAAGACAUCCUAACUGGUCUGUAUCAGAAAAACGGGUUAAGACCUUAUUAAAGAAGUUUGGUUUGUUGAAUACCGACCAACAAAUUACUUAUGCUAAUGAUAUUACAUCAGAAGAGACACCAGAUAUUGACUUGCCAGCAAAUCUCAGAAUCAUCAUGUCAGCUAAAAGAGGAAAAGGGUUAUACGCUAAGAAGCCUAUAAAAAAGGGAGAGCUUUUAUGGGAAGAGCCUCAAUUAUUCUUUGUGCCGCCAUUAGAGAAUGCAGAGUUGAUCAAACUGGGGAAAGCAUGUUCUUACUGUGGUAAGCUUUUGGCACAAUCAAACAAAGUUGCAGGAGCUUCAGUCUUGAGAGGAUUGGAUUGUAACGUUUGUCCUGAAAUUUGGUGUUCACAAAAAUGUAAAAAAAUUGAUAAUCAAUUACAUGGUUUACUUAAACAUAACGUCUACAAUCCCCAUGCUAGUAGAAAAAAUAAAGCAAUAAACUCUGAAGCGUAUUUGGAUUUACAGAAUUAUUGCAUCAAGGAGCAAUGGAAUGCUUUAUUUGCCUUAGCUAUUAUUUAUGCUAACAUAGUUACUGAUAAAACUGGGGUCAAAGGAAAACAAUUUAGAGCCAUGGCUAGAGUUUCCCAAGCAGUUAGAUAUAAGGCCUUGAACUCUUCUGCUGGUGCUUUUGAUAGUCUUCAAGGUGGGGCUUUAUUUGUUCAAGAACAACAAGAGUCUUUAUGGCAAGAAGGUUAUAAAAAAUUUCUUGCAGUUUUCCCACAAGCUUAUGAAGAAGGUAAAAUUACUUAUGAUGAAUUUUUACAUUUAAUGGGUACUUACAAUAUCAAUAACUUAGAUUAUUCUAUUUACUUGAUCCAAUCUCAUUUGAAUCAUAACUGUUCUCCUAACACUAGUGUCGAAACUUCAACCAUUUCUAGAGCUGACACCUUGGCUGUAUAUGCUGCUAGAGACAUAAGAGCAGGUGAAGAGUUGACCACUACUUACGUAAACCCUGCCCAUACUGUUCAACAAAGACAAAGAGAAUUAAGGGUUAAUUGGGGUUUCGUUUGUGGAUGCCAAAAAUGUAAAGAUGAUAAGAAAGAUCAAAAUAAAAGAAAAUCAAGCUCUGCAAGUAACAAAGAUAAGAAUGACAUCAGAAAGAUGUUGGCAGAAACUAAGGACUCUCUUGACGGUGACUCGAUCGAACUUGAUGUUCCUGAAGAACAUCAUGGUGAAAGACGUAAAUCUGUUCGUUUCGAUGAAAAAGUUCAAGUCAGUACUUCAAAUUAAUUAUUUUCAAAUCGCUUAUGACCUUCACGAGUAAUAUCAAUGACUCUACGCUUAUAUCGACCAAGACGCAACGAUCCCCAUCAUUUGAAAUAGAAUAUAGUUUUUUUGUAAAUAUAUAAAGAAUUGAA